AUUUUCAAUCUCCAACAUACCCUUGGGCUCUUGAACCCGUUUCCCAUUUUGCCAGUUUUCUCUUUCUACGUCUGUUUUCUCCGUUUAUACUCUUUGGAUUUGAAGGCAUAUUCCGAUUCUCUAUUUCUCCUUUUUGUUUGUAAACAGAAUUUAGAUUUAUAUACACCAUUAUUAUUAUAGAACUGAGAGAUAUUCAAACAAAAGGGAGGAUUAAAAACACAAAGACAAGAAGUUAUAUUUGCCCAUAUUUUUCACUGAUUUGCUCAUUUCUAUCAAUCUUACCGUCUUCAAUUCAUCGAUUAAUCUCAGAAAAUUGAGUGAAUCAAUACAGUAGCAGUCCUGAUGUUCCAAACUCUCAUUGUAACCAGGCUUGGAGAUAUGAUGUCUCAAUAAGAUGUGUGGUGAGAUCCAGCAACUGAAGCUUUAAUUGAUCACUCCAUAACUUCGUUGGAGAACAUGGCAAAGAAAACAGUCAUGUCAAGGGUUGUGGCAUUGACAAAUUUUAUCUUGUGACUGUUAUUUCUCUCAUCCAUAUUAACCAUGGUGGAGUUUUUCUGAUGCUUCAGCAAGAAUUUUUUUUUAUAAUUUUUUUUCAAGAUGGAGUGAUGGACCAGCAGAUCACUUGUCUUAGAGUGACUCAGCCCUUGGAUUUCUAUCUCUGUGUAUCUUUCUGACUUAUUUUCAUAUGGGUUUGAAGUACCAGUUUUGGCUUUCAACUUGCUGAAGGCUAUUGCUGAUCUAAACAUUUUGGAUUCAAAGUCAUUUGUUAUCAAGUACAAGCUUACUGUCGCGAAGUAUUUCGAUGGAAGGUUCUCUUUCACCCCGAGGACACAAGCACAGUCCUCAAAGUCAUGGGCGCAAAUCUGUUUUAGGUGGGACUCAGAAAGAUUUGUGGCUUAUUGUGAAGGAAGGCUGCUUAGCUGAUGUCGAAUUAGCUCUGACUCAACUGAAGAAAAAUGGUGGUAAUAUCAACUCGAGGAAUGCAUUUGGCCUUACACCUCUUCACAUUGCUACAUGGAGAAAUCACAUUCCUGUCGUAAGAAGGCUCCUUGCAGCUGGUGCUGACCCUGACGCUAGGGAUGGAGAAUCGGGAUGGAGCAGUCUCCAUAGGGCUCUUUAUUUUGGUCACUUUGCUGUGGCAAGUAUCCUCCUGCAGUCUGGUGCAUCAAUCUCGAUAGAGGACUCCAAAUUACGAACCCCAAUCGAUCUCCUUUCUGGACCUUUGUCGCAGAUUCUGGGCGAUCAACGUGUUUCAGUUACUACGGAGAUCUUAAGCUGGGGAAGUGGUACUAAUUACCAACUUGGAACUGGAAAUGCUCACAUACAGAAGUUACCUUGCAAAGUGGAUGAGCUUCAUGGUUCAUCUAUUAAGCUAAUUUCUGCUUCAAAGUUUCAUAGUGUAGCAGUCACUGGUCGUGGGGAGCUCUAUACUUGGGGAUUUGGAAGGGGUGGCCGCCUUGGACAUCCAGAGUUUGACAUCCAUAGUGGACAAGCUGCAGUAAUUACACCGAGACAAGUGAUUUCAGGACUUGGUUCUCGAAGAGUCAAGGCAGUUGCAGCUGCUAAACACCACACAGUCAUUGCUACUGACAGUGGAGAAGUUUUCACCUGGGGAUCCAAUAGAGAGGGUCAACUUGGCUAUGCUUCUGUUGACACCCAACCGACCCCCCGGAGGGUUAGUUCUCUUAAGUCAAAAAUAGUGGCUGUUGCUUCGGCAAACAAACACACUGCUGCUAUUUCUGAGACUGGUGAAGUCUUUACAUGGGGCUGCAACAAGGAAGGCCAACUUGGUUAUGGUACAUCAAACUCGAGCUCCAAUAAUACUCCAAGGUUGGUUGAGUACUUGAAAGGAAAGCUCUUCAUGGCAGUAGCCGCUGCAAAAUAUCAUACAGUGGUUCUAGGAGCAGAUGGAGAGGUGUUCACUUGGGGUCAUCGACUUGUAACUCCAAGACGUGUGAUUGUAGCCAGGAAUUUGAAGAAAAAUGGGAAUGCUUUAAUGAAGUUUCACAGGAUGGAGAGACUUCAUGUGGUCUCCGUUGCCACAGGUAUGGUGUAUAGCAUGGCUUUAACUGAUGAUGGGGCGCUAUUUUACUGGGUUUCAUCUGAUCCUGAUCUCAAAUGCCAGCAGUUAUGUUACCUUAAUGGAAAGAAAAUUGUCAGUAUUUCUGCUGGCAAGUACUGGCAUGGGGCAGUAACAUCUACUGGUGAUAUUUACACGUGGGAUGGGAAGAAAGGUAAGGAUAAGCCACCAGCAGUUACUAGGCUUCAUGGUGUGAAAAGGGCUACUAAAGUUGCUGUGGGUGAAACACAUUUACUGAUUGUUGGUUCCACUUAUCAUCCUGCUUAUCCUGUCAGUGCUGUCAAGGACUAUAAAAGUUCAAGCCCUACAGUAAAAAAUGUCUUAGGAGACUUAGAUGAGGGAUUUAUGUACAAUGACAUGGAGUCUGACAGAGCUAGAUCUGGUUCGGAAAAGGAGAAUGUCGAUGACAAGUUUGUGCCGAGUUUGAAAGGCCUUUGCGAGAAAGUGGCUGCUCAGAGUUUGGUAGAACCACGAAAUGCUCUGCAAAUGUUGGAAAUUGCACAUACUUUGGGAGCAGAUGAUCUUCGGAAGUAUUGCGAGGAGAUUGUUAUUCGCAAUCUUGACUAUAUUUUUACGGCUUCAUUGAAUGCUGUUGCUACUGCCUCGCUGGAAAUUUUAGUUCAUAUUGAGAAGUUGCUGGAUGUGAGGUCAUCUGAGUCAUGGAGUCAUCGUCGACUCCCUACUCCAACAGCUACUUUGCCUGCUGUCGUAAACAGUGAAGACGAUAAUAGUGAUACUGAGUCUCCAAGGACCAGGGAUAACCUCACUGUGACUGACAGUACAAAGAAAGCUGGUUAUUGCAGAUUGGAUAGCUUUUUGCAACCCAUGAACGAUGCUAAUCAAGAAUUAUGCAAGCAAAUAAGAGUAUUGCGGAAAAAGUUGCAACAAGUUGAGGUUCUUGAGGUGAAACAAGCCAAGGGGCAUGUUCUUGAUGACCAGCAGAUUGCGAAGCUGCAAACAAGACCUGCUUUAGAGAGUUCACUUGCAGAGCUGGGUGUUCCUAUUGAGUCAACAAUUGCAAAGUCAUCACCUUCAGUGGCAGCAGAUGGUAAGGCCUGUAAGGCGGGGAUGCAAAAGAAGCAGAGGAGAAAGAGUAAACAGAAGGAGUCUCCGACGGAAGCUUAUUCUGGUACUGAAUUGGGAAUAAACCCUUUGAACAGUUUGAAGGGUGUUGUGGACCUCGAUGCCUCAAAGUUAACUGAGGGGAAGGUUACAACUGAACCUGAAGAUCAGUGCGCUGAAGAUUCCCAGAAUCUCUCUCAGAAGAAAGACUCUCUUGGUGGGGGGAUGAGUAAAGGAUCAUUGGCAGUGGGAAGCAAGAAGAAAAAUCGGAAAGGAGGGCUUUCCAUGUUCUUGAGUGGUGCUCUUGAUGAGCCUAGCAAAGAUGUUAUUUGUCCACCGCCGCCGCCGCCACCCAAAUGUGAAGGUCCUGCAUGGGGCAGAUCUAAGGUUUCAAAGACAUCCGCCUCGCUCCGUGAGAUCCAAAAUGAGCAAAGCAAAUUGUUCAAUAAUCUGCCUGUCAGAAACAAAGAUAAGCCAGAAGAUUUACCUGACACAAGUAAUGGAAAAUUCUUGCUGAGCUCUUUGCUGGCUUCUAACCCAAUACCAGUUGUUCCUUCUCGCACAACACAUGUAUCUGAUGGUGACAAAAGCACUCCUCCUUGGACAGCUUCUGGGACCCCACCUCACUCUUCACGGCCCUCUCUUAGGGACAUACAAAUGCAGCAGGGUAAAAAACAGUAUCUUGCACAUAGCCCAAAAACAAAGACAACUGGAUUUGCAGUUACAAGUGGGCAGGGAUCACCCUCAGAAUCUGGUGCCCAAAGCCGCUGGUUUAAACCCGAGGUGGAUUCACCAUCUUCAAUCCGUUCCAUCCAGAUAGAAGAGAAGGCAAUAAAGGAUUUCAGGCGCUUCUACAGCAGUGUUAGAAUCGUAAAAAACCAAAGUUAGUUCUAUGUAUAUUAUCUUUAGCAGGUUAGAUUUAUAUCAUAUACCUCUUUUUCUGUUCUUUUCUUAGAUUGUACAGAUCCUUUUGUAUAUUCAGUUAGCUAGGUUUCUCACCUGUGCGGAAAAUAGAACCGAGGUUUACUCAACUUCAUAGGGUAGCUUGUACAAUUGAUCUCUUUUUAGGGAAUUUUUUAUUUUUUAUUUGGUUAAUCAGGUGGUUGUUGUUGAAUUCAAA